CGCCGCCGGCUCCGCUGCUGCCGCCACCGCCUGAAGAAGCCCCAUCCAUCCGCCUGCAGCCGGGGAGACUCGGAACCUGGGAGGGGCCUGGGGCCCGGGCCGCCCGCCUCCUUCUUCUAGUCGUCGUCCUGAGCUUCCUCUUGCUCCACCAACCCUCUGCCCUCCCCUCCGCCUCCGCCCUCCUCCUCGGCCUCCAGCCGCCAGCCAACCGCGCGGCCUCUUGUUGAGCCAGAGCGCCACCGUCUCCAUGACGCCCGGCAAACAUUCCCCUGCUUCUGCCGGAGCCUCUAAGGCCGGGGGUUGGGGUACAGGAACUGCAGACCACUGCCCAGGCAGUCGCCACCAUGCCCAUCUCUCCGACGAGCAGCCGCAAGCAGCUGAACCCCGGGGUGAACACUGGCUUUGGGCCAAGGAAAUCUAUUAGCUUUUUUAAUCCAAUUAAAGGACCUCAAACAAAAGCAUAUCCUGGUGCAUAUCAAAGCAAAAUGGGUAUGUCAAGAGCCAUGAUUCUACCAGAAACAAAACCAGUAGAAAAAAUGAAUAUUUCCACCUCAAAGGGAGUCAUACAGGUGGUUGAUGCACAGGGAGUUGAUGUUACUCCCCGACCUCUUUUCCAUCCAGAUCCACAUAGUGGUACAGCAAAGCCAAAUAAACUAUUGACAUCACAGGAAGGAUCAUUUACAUCAGAUUUUAUAUCUUCCUAUACUCUUUAUCACAAUACAAUAAAUCCAAGUAUGAUGGGGCAGUUUACAAGGUCAAUUUUAGGAAGCAGUACAGUUUCUAAGUCAAGUAUAUCCACUUCUGAGUCAAUAGCAGAAGACCUAGAAGAACCAUCCUCUAAGCGUGAAAGAUUGGCUAGUUUUACAGAUGUACAGGUUAUGCGGGCAACACCUGGAAAAAUUGUAACAAAAGAGGACUUGGAGAAGUCUAUAGAGAUAAUCCUCACAGAGACAGAAACACUGAAAAUUUUUGACUUACCAACUGUCAUGGUUUCUGUAGAGUCUGAAGAAGCUGUGAAAGUAAACACUAGAAACAAGAAUUAUGAAAUCCUCUGUAAAAACAGAAUAGGCAAUGAUUUAUAUGUUGAAAGGAUGAUGCAGACUAUUAAUGGGGCACCAAAGAAUAAAGAUGUUCAAUGUGACAGAAUCAUAAAGGAAGACAAAGGGAUAAUGUCCACUGCUUGGGAUUUAUAUGAUUCGUAUAAUGCGUUGGAGCUUUUACCUUUACCAGUAAAACAAUCUAUAAUUGAUUUAAGUAAUAAAACAGGUAUACCUCCUCAAGAUCGGGAACAAAGAGUGCUAGCGAGUACAGAAAAAAAUAGUGAAGCUAGUUCUCUAAUGGAUAUAGAAAAUGUAAUUCUGUCUAAAAUUCAAGAUGAUGAAGAAGACCACUCAGAUGCAAUAUUGAAGUCUGAGAGGUUUAAUCAGGACUUAUUUUUUAUGGAACGAGUUCUCAUGGAAAAUAUAUUUCAGCCCAAACUUGCAGCUUAUCGUCAGCUUCCUGUUUUUAAAGAACCUGAACCUGAAGAGCUUGAAGACUUUUUAAGAGUUGAAAAAGUUGGAGAGGUAGAGGAAGAGACUAAGAAGGAGGAGGAAGAAGAUCUAGAAAUAAGUGCAGAACAAUCAACAAUACCAGCCAAUUUGGAAAGACUUUGGUCCUUUUCCUGUGAGUUAACCAAAGGCCUUAAUGUGAGCAGCCUUGUCUGGAAUAAGACAAAUCCAGAUCUUUUGGCUGUUGGCUAUGGGCACUUCGGAUUUAAAGAGCAAAAAAGAGGAUUAGCUUGCUGCUGGUCAAUAAAGAAUCCUAUGUGGCCAGAACGUAUUUAUCAGAGUCAGUGUGGAGUUACUGCUGUGGAUUUUUCAAUUGGAUCCCCUAACCUUUUAGCAGUUGGUUAUCACAAUGGCAGUAUUGCAGUUUAUAAUGUACAAAGCAACAGUGACAUUCCUGUUCUGGAUAGUAGUGAGUCACCUCAAAAUCAUUUGGGACCUAUAUGGCAACUACAAUGGAUAGAACAAGAUCGAGGCACAACAGGUGAUGACAAAAGAGAAAUAUUAGUUUCUAUAUCAGCGGAUGGAAGAAUCUCCAAAUGGGUUAUACGGAAAGGACUGAAUUGUCAUGAUUUGAUGCGUUUGAAGAGAACUACUUUUGCAAGCAACAAAAAAGGAGGGGAUAAGGAAAAGAAAGGUGAAGCUUUGAUAGCUCGACAGGCUCCUGGAAUGUGUUUUGCUUUUCAUCCCAAGGAUACCAAUAUCUAUUUGGCUGGCACUGAAGAAGGCCAUAUUCACAAAUGUUCUUGUUCAUAUAAUGAACAAUACCUAGAAACCUACAGAGGACAUAAGGGUCCAGUGUAUAAAAUAGUAUGGAAUCCAUUUUGUCAUGAUGUAUUCUUAAGCUGUUCCGCAGAUUGGGGUAUUAUUUUAUGGCAACAGGAUCAUCUCAAGCCAUUUUUGACUUUUUAUCCAACUACUUAUGUUGUUUAUGAUGUUGCUUGGUCUCCAAAAUCAUCCUAUAUAUUUGCAGCUGCCAAUGAGAACAGAGUAGAGAUUUGGGACCUUCACUUUAGCAUUUUAGAUCCUCUGAUUGUACAUUUUGCUAACCCUGGAAUCAAGUAUACAACUGUUCUCUUCGCCAAACAGACAGACUGCCUCUUAGUGGGAGACAGUGAUGGACAGGUUGCUGUGUAUGAACUAAGAAAUAUGCCUACUGCUUUGGAAUCUGGCAGGGGAAAUGUAAUAGAUACAUUGCUUGGACCCAAGUCAAACCAACAAGGAUAAUUCAUCAUUACUAAUAUCAUUUUGUUAUUGGUUAAAGAAAGAAGGAACAGUGUUUAAUAUCCAGUAGUCUGAUUAGUAUGCAAUAAGUCGGGAUUUCGAAUUGUAAAAACAAUAUCUGAUAGUAUGAUUUCCAUUAAAUUGAAUGUAAAUUUGAUGUACCUUUAUUUCAGAGAUAUGUGAUUAAUUUGUUAUCUAAGCUAAUUGUUAAGAGUUUUGUUGGGAUUUUCUUCAUUUUUUUGAAAGAUACUCCUAUUGUAUUUCUUAGUGAUAUCCCAAGUAUAUGUAAACAAUAAAAUGUACAAAAAUAUUAAAAAAUUAGUAUUCCUUCAAAAGCAAAACUUGGAAAUUAUUAAAAUUACUAAAAUCAAAAUCUCUGUAAGACAAAGUUCUAUUGACUUUUAAAUCAUUUGUUUUCUGGGCUGUUUUUUGCAUAGUUAUGAUUUAUGCAGUUGUUAGUGUUAUAAGAAAAUUGGAUUCUGAACUUUAAAUCAUAAUUUGAGCCUCUUCGGUCUGACAGCUGAAACUAUAGAACUUUGUUAGAAUAGUUGACAAGGACAAAACAUGAUACAAAUGUCAACAUUUGUAUUUUUUGGUCAGGAGGAGUUAUACCCCAAUUCAAUGAAAGGACUUAGUCUGGGACACAUCAGUCUGGGCACCUUCUUCCACAAGUCUAGAAUCUGCUUUGAGUCUUAAGUCCAGACUUGACUGGAACCAGAGAGAACAGAAGGUCUGGAGGGAUAGUUCAUGCCAGAAUGUUAUUUUAUGAAAGGUUCUAUAUCAAACUUGUGAAACUAGGAAUAAGUGGGAGGUAGCAACUACUCCAAAUAUGCAUUGCUAGCAGUCUAGCCCAUGCCAUUUGUUUUAACAAGUCCUGCUUUUGUUAACUGAGCUCAUAGGGCAAUAUGGCCUAUUCUAUAAAGUAUUCAUUCUAAGUGGAGUGAGGACAAAGCACUUGAAACUCAAACUCGAUGACAAACACUUACAUAUAUUAAUAAAAACUGAAUGAAAUCAGUGGAACAAUGGGAGUUACCUUUUUAAAGAAUGACUCCAAAGAAAUGGAGCAAUUUUUAGGUGAACUGAAUGCAUAGGUCAAAUUAUAAGGAUUAUAUGUUUUCUACUGUUAAAGAUUCAUUGUGAUUCUUCUUUGUCUUUCUGAAAGUUUGGACUUUUCAUAAC